CCUCCACGGUUUGACCUAGCCAGAUGAUUCGAGUUCAAAUACAGGUAUGAUUCUGGCAGAAACCUCUUUUGAACUCUGAAAUCAAUAUGGUCUCUGAAGCAGUUCAAGUGAGUUGUGUGACAAAUGGGGGGACUGAGAGCAAUCAAGGUUUUAAAAGAAAACAUUUGGGAUCUGAUCAGCAGGCAUCAGUUUCUUUUCUUAAUGGGUAUGAUGCCAAAGGGGAUAUAGGAACAUCUGGUCGAGAUAUGACUGCCAAAUUAGAUGAAGACACACAGCUUGACAAUGCAUCUGUUUGUCUGCAGAAAAAGGUGAGACUGCCAAAAGAAUUGGCUUUUCAAGAUAUGUGUGACAAUCAAGAUUUAUUUGAUGACGAGGAUGAGGAUGACAGUGACCGGGAGCCUGUACAAAAGCACAUAGAAGUUUUGAAGUGGUUUUGUACAAACUGCAAAAUGGUUAACCUUGAUGAUGUUUCCCACUGUGAUAUUUGCGGGGAACAUAAAGAAUCUAGCAUCCUAAAGCAUGGGUUUUAUGCGUCUGCUUUUUCAACAGCUGUAGAACUUAUUCAGGUUGAAUCAGAAGCCAGAGUGAGAGACAAAGAUUUUUGGUCAGAGGCUUCAGCUUCAAACUGUUCAACGGCAGUUGGGUUUGAUGAGAGAAUGUUGCUGCACUCAGAGAUUGAAAUGAAGUCACAUCCACAUCCAGAAAGACCAGAUCGUCUUCGAGCUAUUGCUGCUAGCCUUGCUGCUGCUGGUAUAUUUCCUGGAAAGUGCUGCUCAAUUCCUGCUAGAGAAAUCACUCUGGAGGAGCUUCAAAAGUUAUUUUACUCCUGACACAUGCUAAUGAGCAUUCAGCACAGGAUGCUACACUUGCAGCUGGUUUAUGUCUGAUCUUGCUUCAGCAAUAUUUUCAGCAACUGUUUCCGACCUC